UUCAAGUUUUCAGAUUUUAUGAUCUAAUUCGACUGGAGCAAUAAUAAUCAUAUUUGGUUCAACGAACCUAAUUUUUACCAGGAACCCAACUGGUGAUUCGCACUGACUUUUCUUGUCAACGUUUUGUUACAUCAAAACGACAGUUUACAAAAUCCCGCACAACGAUCCCAAGUUUAUUUAAUCAAAAUGACUUAAUUUUAACCAUAAAAAUGUAUCCCGAUUUUCUGCAAGUACUUAGGAAACAUUCUGUACAAACGUACGCUUUUUAGGUAGAAGAAUACUUUGAAAUAAGUUCUGGAGCAACUAUAUUACCGUUAAUACUUGAAGGUAUAGGUGUAGCUCCCAACGUGGACAUUUUACCCAACUUUCUGGUAUUUAGGUUGGAUACAAAGAAGAAUACCAUAGCGCAGUGCCCUAUUGAGGUGAAUAAUCCCAAGCGAUUUUAAUAGAUUGAACGUGAAUUUGUUUAUUCUAGAUUAGAAAUAAAAAUGAUUGUGAGCUCCCCAUAACUAUAGAAAAACUAUUUGAAUUGAAGGGUUGCAUUAAAGAAACUGUUAAAAACCAGGAAGCCAAAACAGAAAACAAAGAGGAGAAGGGUAAAGCGGGAAAAGCUGGAAAAGCAGGCAAAGCAGACAAAAAGAACAAAAAAUCUAAGGAAACUUCCAAGGGUGCCAAGAACAAAAAAGAUGAGUUCCCAAAAUUUUCAGACCACUUAAUGGAAGCUGAACAAGCUUCCUUCAAGAAUUUUACAAAGAAAAGUGGCGACUUCUUUUACGACGUUAUAAACGUGGAGCACGACAAAAUCAACUUGGAGCCUAAGUCGACUAAAGUUAUUACCAUCGGUUUUGGUUUGCCCGAGGUCAUUUCAGCAAAAAAACGGGAAGAAAUAAGAAAACUACAAGAGAGAAAGGAAAAGGCCAAAGGCAAAAAAGACAAGGGUGACAAAAAGGCGAAAGCUUCAAAGGGCAGCAAAAAAUCGGGCAGCACAAAGGGCUCCAAAAAGUCCAAUGCUUCAGUGAAGAAGAUGCCCGAAGACCAAGUGUUUUACGUGGCGAAAUACAACAUUAUGUUGAACGAAACAUUUUUGAAAGACAUUAUCUUAAUAAGUACAAUUAUUGGAUAAUAGAAAAAAUGAACUAAUAAA